AGAAAAGUUGAUGGUGGAGUUCCUGAGGAGCGCGGAGGAGCACAUGAAGCCCAAGCUGAACAUGGAAAGUUUGAGCAAGCCGGAGUUGCUGAUGCUUUUCAGCAUCCUGGAGGGAGAGCUGGAGGCCCGGGACCUGGUCAUCGAUGCCCUGAAGGCCCAGCGUAAAGAGCUGUUCAUCCAGGAGCAGUACGGCAGGUACAACCUCAGCGACCCCUUCCUGGCCCUGCAGAGAGACAGCCAGGCCGUAGGGGGUCAGAGCAAGGACUGUUCCCCCCCGGCCUCCAACCCACUGGUGGUUCUCAAACUGGUGGUGAGCCACUGCAGGAGGAUGCAAGAGAAGAUGUUGGCCCAGCUGGCUGCAGCAGAGAGCAGGCACAGGAUGGUUAUUGAAGAUCUGGAGGAGGAAAAGAGGAGGCACGCUGAGGACACAGCCGAGGGAGAUGAUGUCACCUACAUCCUGGAGAAGGAGAGGGAGCGCUUACAACAACAGCUGGAGUUUGAGCGCAGUCAGGUCCGGCGGUUGGAAAAAGAACAGCGGCGAAUUGCUGACCAGCUGGAAGAAGAACGGGCACAGCACAAACAGCUCUCCUGCGCUUUGGCCAAAGAGUGCAAGUGGGCGAGUACCAGAGCUCUGGAGGAGGGUCACCGGCAGACUGAGCUGAGCCGUAAACUGGACAAGGAAAAGGAGGCAUGUCACGCCUUGGAAAAAGAGCUGGAGGAUGAGAGGAGGCGCACGCUUCGGAUGGAGGCGCGAGUGGAGGAGCAGCUGGCUGAGUUUGACACGGAGCGAGAGCAACUCCGCUCACGCUUAAAGAAGGAGGAGGCUCACUGUCAAAAGCUACAACAGCAGGUAGAGGAGCUGAAGAGGAACCUGGAGGAGGGGAACAUGGUGACAGAUGCAGCGCCAGUGGAGGAAGAGGAGAAGGAGUGGGCCACCAAAGUUCCUCCAGGAAAAACAACAGUAGAUACUAUCGAGGUCAAGGACAUUGAGGAAGACAGAAACCAGCCCGUUCAACCGAAGGUCAACGGUCAUCAUUGUCCAAUGGAGACCAACGGGCACCACGGCCCAAACAGCGUUCUCUCAGAGACGAUGAGCCAAGAGAACGGGAACGAAAUCCCUCCAGUUAAUCAGAACCAGACGUCAUUCUCCCCCUCCGCCCUGCCUCCUUCCUCCCCCUGCGCCUCCCCUGUUCUUACCAAACGUCCAGCAGGUAGCCCCAGUCCUGGGAGCUACCAGUCUCCCUACCAGGCCGGGAUCAACCAGCGCUUCCAUGCCGCUCGGCACAAGUUCCAAGGUACGAUUGACCCGGAACCUCAGUCCCAGGCCGCCCUGCCGGCUCCUCCUCUCUCGCCAAAGGAACUCCCCACUGUGACCAGCACCUCCUCCCCGGAGGUCAGCCCAGUUAAGCAGAUGGCCCGCAGCACAGUCACCCAGGUCCUGUCUCGCUUUACCACUGUCCAGCAGAAUGCUACACCAAAGCUCGCUGCACCAAACAACUCGCCCUUUGGUACAGACUACCGCAGCCUGGCAGCACCCUUGUCUCCCGUCAUCGGAAGGGCAGCGGGGGCUCUUCCCCAGGGGAUCAGAUCCCCCAUCAUCCCCAGGGCGGACAGGGGCAAUCCUCCACCCAUACCCCCUAAGAAACCCGGUCUGGCACAGGCCCCUCCCUCCCCGGCAACGGUUCCCAGGUCUUCCAGCCACUUCUCCGACAGCCCCCUCUCAGGCAGCUGUGGCCUCACCUCCGGUCAGGAGGGAGUCAAAGAACUGGACAUGGUGGUUUCAUCCAAUUAAGUGAUCACAACAAAUUUGUCAGCUGCUGCUCUGCUCGUGACAUCACAGUUUGAUCCACAUCUCAUAAUUGAGAUUGAGACAUUGUUUUAUAUGAGACAGGAUUUAUACCGUGUGUUUAUUUGAACAAA